AUAAGUUCCUAGAAAUCCAAAACCCAAAUGUAUAAAGUCAACUACUUUGACUUUCACAUCUGAAGACAUAUAAUCCCGUGGAUGAGAAAAGAGUUGAAAAACAAUCAAAAGCUAGCAAAGCGAAGAAAAAGACACAACCUCUGUUCAUCGUCUGUCUCUGUGACACGAGAAAGUUGAAAAAUUCAAAUGAACAUGAUAAUAUUCAUUAAUUAUUUUAUGAGAAGAGUGAUUUCUGGGGAUAUGGUUGUUAGUUGUCAUGGGAAGACGGUAAACGCCAUCGCAAUUGCAUUUAUUCUGUCUGCAGAGUCAAACGAACUAAUUUUAUUAUUUGAUUUUCAGUCCUAUCUCUUGUCUUGUUCUGAGAUCAGAUGUAUAAAAAAGAGACUUCUUUUCUUCUUCUCUCUUGAUUCUCUCUUCCACUGUCAUUAUCCUCAAGAUUUGUCUCUUGUGAGACUCGAUGACGCUUCAUCGAUCUCUUGUGUUCUUUUUCUUGUUCCUCUCAUGUUUCUCUCUUUCUUCAUGGGCUCUUCCUCUCUGUUCCGAUUCAAGAGCUCCCUCGGAGGUGAAUUCGACAUUGAGCUUUUGUCCUUACAAAGGAAAAACAUGCUGCAAUUCAAUGGAAGAUUCCAGUUUGAUGAAGCAAUUUCAAGCUAUGAACAUUUCCGACAAGGGUUGUGCUUCUGUUGUAAAAUCAAUCCUUUGUGCUAAAUGCGAUCCUUUUUCAUCGGAUUUAUUCAGAGAUAACUCAGAUCAGCAGUCUGUUCCAAUCCUCUGCAACUCUACCAGUUCAGCAAAUUCCACAGAGGAUUUUUGCUCUGAGACAUGGGAGACAUGUCAAAACGUUUCCAUAUCGGGUUCUCUUUUCGCUGCCUCAUUGCAAGGCCGAGCUGGAGCCCCAGCAAAUAACAAUGCCUCCAAGCUUGCUGAUGUAUGGCAGUCCAAAACCGAUUUCUGUAGUGCCUUUGGUGGAGCUAGCUCCAAUGAAACUGUUUGCUUCAGCGGUGAGCCAGUUGCUCUUACUGACAAUGACACUACUCCUGACAAGCCGCCUUCUGGUUUAUGCCUUGAGAAAAUCGGGAAUGGUUCUUACCUCAACAUGGUUCCCCACCCUGAUGGCUCCAACCGUGCAUUCUUCUCUACGCAACCUGGAAUAGUAUUCUUGGCUGGUAUACCGGAUCAAGAUUCUGGCGGGGUAUUGGACGUGGAUCCAUCUAGCCCGUUUGUGGAUUUGACUGAUGAGAUUCAUUUUGAUACUGAGUUUGGGAUGAUGGGAAUGGCUUUUCAUCCAAAGUUUGCUCAAAAUGGGCGGUAUUUCGCUUCUUUUAACUGUGAUAAGUCCAAGUGGCCGGGCUGUACUGGAAGGUGCUCAUGUAACUCCGAUGUGAACUGUGAUCCUUCCAAACUAACUCCUGACAGUGGAUCUCAACCUUGCCAAUUCCAAACCGUAAUAGCUGAGUAUACAGCCAAUGGUACCUCAUCAGACCCUUCUAAGGCAAAGAAUGCUAAGCCAACAGAAGUCAGGAGGAUUUUCACAAUGGGACUUCCCUUCACAUCACACCAUGCUGGACAGAUUCUCUUUGGUCCAGAUGGGUAUCUAUACUUUAUGAUGGGAGAUGGAGGUGGAGGCGCAGACCCAUACAAUUUCUCACAGAACAAGAAAUCUUUGCUAGGAAAGAUCAUGAGGCUUGAUGUAGAUAACAUUCCUAGUGCUUCUGAGAUCUCCAAAAUGGGUCUAUGGGGAAACUACUCUAUACCAAAAGACAACCCUUUUCGUGAAGACAAAGAGCUUGAACCUGAAAUAUGGGCUAUUGGAUUGAGAAACCCUUGGAGAUGCAGCUUUGAUUCUUCUAGGCCUUCUUACUUUAUGUGUGCUGAUGUUGGACAGGACACAUAUGAAGAGGUGGAUCUCAUUACCAAAGGAGGAAACUACGGUUGGCGUGUUUACGAAGGCCCGGAUCUUUUCCAGCCGGAGGCAUCCCCCGGAGGAAACACAUCUAUUAAAUCAUUAAACCCAAUAUUUCCUGUGAUGGGUUACAACCACUCUGAAGUUGACUCAAGCGGAAAAUCAGCUUCAAUCACUGGAGGGUACUUUUAUAGAUCUGAGACUGAUCCUUGCAUAGCUGGAAUGUAUGUGUAUGCUGAUCUAUAUGGAAAUGGCGUGUGGGCGGGGAUUGAAACUCCUGCUAAUAGCGGGAACUUUGUGACCAACAGAACAACCUUCAGCUGCGCCGGUGACUCACCCAUGAAAUGCAGCGAUUCUCCGGGAACUUCAGGGUUAUCUCUAGGAUAUGUCUUCUCCUUUGGUGAGGAUAACAACAAAGACAUCUACUUGCUUACAAGCAAUGGUGUCUAUAGAGUGGUUAGGCCGAGCCGUUGCAACUUGACUUGCUCCAAGGAAAACUCCACGGCAGCUAGAAGAAAACCCGGUCCCUCGAGUUCUCCUUCUUCUUCGCCGUCCUCUUGUUAUAAGCAUAUAAAUGGUUUCCAUGGAAGCUUCGUGGUUUUAUUUGUGUCUCUGUCUUUGAUUCUGCUAGGUUUAUUAAACUAGUUUUUCAAAAGUUGUUUCUUCUUGUUUGUGUUGAAAAGUAUGUUGAGGAUGGUUUGAGAGAAUACAUGUAUGAUGAUGAAUGAGACCAAAGAUAUUCUUUCACAAAUAUGUUCAUAACUA